AGUUGUAGCUUGAGAAACUUCAACAAUGGCGAAUUUCAGGCUUUGUCUUUUCACUCUUCCCCUCAUCACCUUAACUUUCAUAUUACAGCCAUUUCAUGUAAUGUCUGAUGAAGCAAUGAUAAUCAAUGUCUGCAGCAAAACACCUAAUCCUAGUCUUUGCGAAACAUGUCUUCACAGUGAUCCGAAAAGUGCAACAGCCGACGUUAAGGGCUUGGCAACGAUAUCGAUUACAUGCGGUACACGUGACGCCGACAAACUAUACACCGAUACGGAUAAUUUGUACACGAACACGAAGGAUCCAGCACUUCAUAACCUUCUCGAUAACUGCUGGUGGAGAUUUCUGGGGGCACGGGAUAAUAUUGACAGCGCGGGACGGAUGCUUAGUGAUAAAGGGUCGGAUGCGGCGAAGCUAGCUAUUACUCGGGAUGCUAUGCCGAUGAUUACAUAUUGCUCGGACCUUUUCAAGAAGAGCCCAACAGUGGCUGUGCCGAAGAAUAUUACUGAUGAGAUGAAUGUUGUUAGUACUGACUGCCAGAUUAUAUUAGGGAUUUUGAGUAAUUUUUAGGUAGUAAACCGUAAAGAGCAGCAAAAUACAAGAUUUG